UUUUCUCAUUUUCCCUUCUACCAUCUGUAGAGAUGAACUACAGAAGCGUGGGUUUUGACAGACUACCUGUAGGAACUAUUAGCGCCUGAACAGCUUUUCCGGACAGUGUCGUGAUUGAUUGUCGCAGCAUAUCACCGUUUCAUGGAGGGUUAUAGAGCCGCAAAAAAAAAACGCACAGAUGUAGAUUCAAAUGUCGUAAAUCAGUGCACAUGGAUUUUUCACCUCUGAUGGCGAGGAUGAGCUGAGAAGGCGGUUGCAGUGAUUGAUUUCGACAGUAGUUCGGCUAUAAAAUGGAACUGGGGUCGAUAGGUAACCGACAGAUAGUACUCUAUAGUGCCAACGUGAUGAUGAAAUCGUUUUUUGUGGAUCUUUGUGCGAUAUUUGUGUUCAUCCUGAGGGUGAAAGAAGCCAUUUCCGGAAAAACUAGCUCCAGUUCGAAAUGUGAAAAAUCUCUGACGACUGCGAGCGGAUCGAAAGCUCCCGUGGGGUCGUAUUGUCCGGGAGAUCUGAUCUUUGAGGAUACGUUCGAUAGCUUUGAUCUAGACACUUGGCAGCACGAGAACACGUUAGCCGGAACCGGUGACGGCGAAUUCCAAUGGUUUACGAACAAUCGGUCCAAUUCGUUCGUGAAGGAGGGGAAUCUGUACAUUCGGCCAACCCUGACGGUAGACGAAUAUGGAGAAGCAUUUCUCAGGUCCGGUGUGCUCAACAUCCAUGGCGGAUCACCCGCUGAUCAAUGCACGAAGCAAAGCUUGCAUGGUUGCGAACGUAUCGGAACCCACGCCAAAAUCUUAAACCCGGUGAAGAGCGCAAGUCUUCGUACCGUGGACACGUUUGCGUUUAAGUAUGGUAAAGUGGAAAUAAGCGCCAAGCUGCCGGCAGGGGAUUGGUUGUGGCCAGGCAUAUGGUUUCUGCCAAAGGUCGAUGCAUAUGGUGGUUGGCCGGCUUCGGGUGAGAUCGACCUGCUCGAUUCGAAAGGGAAUCGAGAUCUCAUAAAGAGCGGAGUCAACGUUGGCACCGAGCAGGUGACUUCCAAGCUUCAGUUUGGUCCCAAUCACGCCCACAACGCAGGCAUCACGGCGGGCUUCGCCCGUAAUUCUGAGGCCGGCAAGGGUUACCAUACCGGGUUUAACCGUUAUCAGAUGGAGUGGACUCCGGAUCAUGUGACGUUUAGCAUUAACGAUAUUGAGACGGGUACGGUUAGCAGCGGGACGGGCUUCUGGGCACGGGGUAACUUCGACGUGAACUCACCGGGGAUGGAUAAUCCCUGGCGAUUUGGAAGCAUCAUGGCACCAUUCGAUCAGGAGUUUUACUUCAAAAUAAUGCUGGCGGUUGGAGGAAGUGAUUAUUUCUCGGAUGACGAAAUAAAUCCUACGAAAAAAGCCUGGAUCAAUGGAACGCCACACCCGAUGACAGAUUUUUGGAACGCCAGGAAUGACUGGUUGCCGACCUGGAAGUUGGAGGAGAACGAGGCCCGUGAUGCAUCUCUGUUGUUAGAUUACGUGCGAGUUUGGGCUCUGUAGGGAAACCGUCCACUGAUUAGUGACAGAUGCAUCGGUGUUUCUGUAGUAGUAGUAGUAGUAGUAGUUGUCAAAUAGAACACAUCAUCAGUGAAUAAAAACAGAGCGAAACACAAUUGCGUUGCAUGAUUUUCAACAAAAAUGAAGCGAUACGUUAUCUCACAGUCGGAUUUUCCAAAAUGAUCGGAGAACAAAGAUCAGAGCAGCUUCACCAAUGACGAGGUCAAAGUCGUGAGGUUUUUAUGUUUAAUAAUUAUCAUUUAUCACUAAUCCGCCGCACAGUUCAAUGGUAGAUCGUGCCGAAUUGUGUAUUCAUAGCCGAACAGUGGGGACUCUCUAAAUAUCAAACAUGUCGAACAGUGGGGACUCUCUAAAUAUCAAACAUGUCGAACAGAGGGCGACUUUUCUGAUGCCGAUCGGAGCAAUGAGUUUCCACUGUAGCUGCUGCAAGCCAAGUAGCGUGCUUGAGUGUCGGUGAUUCCCAACAAUUCUCAGCGGGAAAAAAAGCGAUCAACGGACAUCGGAUCGUGUGUGGUGAAGAGUGUGGGUAUUUGCGUUUGACUCAUAAUCCGAUUGGAAGGCGCGGAAGCGGAUUACUGCAGGCUGUGGCAAACGCGUCACGGUUAUUACGUUCGGCGGAAGAUUGUAAACAAAAAAUCACAAUUCGAUCUACCUAUGUUGUCUGAGCGAUGCACGGUUGGCAGUUAACUUGAUUUUCGAACGUUGUGACAUGAAAAGUGAAAGCAAUUAUUCCACAAAUCAAUAAUUGAUGACAACCAAUGCUCACCCUUUUAUGAAUUUCAGUUAUUUUGUGAAAAAUGAUAAGGAACAAAUUGUAAUAAAUUUGUGAUAACCAAUGUCGAUAGUUAGACUAUUGGUUGUUAGAUAAACUUUAUGUCUAGAAGCGAUCUGUUCCAGAUGG